UUGUACCCUUGGCAACAACACUCUGGCAAGAGACAAACUCCAAACUCUCGACGCCCACACUCACCGAAAGCACGUUGCAAUUGCCAUCGCAGCCGCAGUCGCAGUCGCAGUCGCAAUCCAAGAACAAACACACACACACACACACACACACAAAAAAGCAAUGAUAUCGAUACCCUUCCUCUCCUCGUCCCUGCUGGUCCUGGCGCUGGUCUUCCUGUCCGUCGAGGGACGAUCGACGGCUCCGUGGCAGAGGCGCCACGGCCACGGCCAUAGCCAUUUCCCCUUGUUUGGAAGAUCGGUGUUUUCGCAGGGCACGAACACGAAGGCAAGCCCGAACCUAGGCAUCCUUCGCGGGGGAGACUCCGGCCUCGGGGGCACCCCUCCGGGGGCGCACUCGGCCCUCCCGACCCCGGCGGCGGCAAGGAUCCACGCCGUCGUGGGCGGGGCAUCGGCAUCCGCAUCGUCAUCCGCAUCGUCAUCGGCGUCUUCUUCGGGCACGGGCACGAGCAGCGCCGCGGAGAUGGCCCUGGCCGGGGGGCACAUCAAGACCAAGGCCAAGGGAGCCCCUGCCUCUCCCGAAGCGACCGCGGCGACGAGCGUGAGCGCGACGAGCGGGGGAGCCCAGGUGGCCGCCAUCGACGACUUUGUGUCCAAGGAAGAGAAAAAGGUGCAGAAACGAAAGGACAAGGAGGAACGGAUAGAGAAAAAGAAGGAGAUCAAGCAGCACAAGAAGAUUGCCAAGAAGCUCAAGGUGCGUUGCGUUGCGUUGCGUUCGGGUUUACUGUAUGGAGAAAGUAGUUGUGUUUGUCAUCAUUUGCAGCUGCAGCUGCAGAGGCAGUCGAGCAGAGGCCGGCCAUGCAGGGCUUGGUGCGCAAACAAUUAAUUCGAGGUACAGAGACCUUUUUGUUUCUUUUUGUCGGACACGAUUCGGGCAUCUCAAAAAUCUUCUUUCUCUUGUUGUUCUCGUCUGUUCCUCUGAAAAAUCGUUUCCAAUAACUAUCCAAUUCGAAAUGCAAAUGCGACACCAAUCGACGAUCAUUCGAUGCAUCUGCGAUUUGCUCAUCGAACAACCGCGCUGCAAACUAUUGUAAAACCCAACACGACUUGGGAACAUUUAUCGAUUGCUCGCAAAUUUUAAUUUGAAAUCGCAAACAUGACAAAACAUGACGCGACACGACACGACACGUCCCGUCACGACGCAACGCAACGCAACGCAAAACUACGCAACACAAUCCAACGAAUGAAAAACUGGAUGAACAAAUGAUGGAAUGAAUUACUGUAUCCACAUCCAAAUCCAGAACCGAAACGCCACCAACAAACGCCGAAAGUUCUUGCACUUCUCUUGGGGGAUGCUCUUUGCAUCGUGCAAUCACUUUAUUCCCCGCCGAAUCUUUUUGCCCGGCAUGACCUUCUUCACGGGCCUAAACCUGACCRUCGAGCUGUUGAGGUACCGCAAGGGAUUCGAAUGGAUGAACAAUCUCCUCCAUUUUUUCCUCGGAAAGGCCCUCCGCAAAAACGAGAUGGACGGCAAGUUUACCGGAGGCAUGUAUUAUUUCGGKGGGGUCACGAUCACCGCCUUUCUCUUUCCCAAAUCGUGCGCAACACUCGGGAUUUGCCAGCUGGCCAUUGCGGACCCCACCGCCAGCUUCUUYGGCCGGGCCACCCGCCACGUCUAUUGGAGCCGSAUCAACAACGGAUUUUUCGGACUCGGCCGAAACAAGGGCAUCCUGGGAUUCYUGGGYGGAGCCAUCUGCUGCGUGCCCCUCAACUACCGGCUGCUGUCGCUGGCGGCGGUCAAGAACACCGYYGGGCCCAUUGCAAAGCCGACCGUUCUGGCCAUCUCCCUUGCCCUGGGACUGGCGGGGGCCCUGGCCGACCUCAUGGUUCCGACGCCGGCCCUCACCCUGCCGAAAACCGUCUGCGGCGUCCGCGUUCCGCCCUUCCACCUGGACGACAACAUCGCCAUUCCCAUCCUCAGCGGCUGGGCCUGCACGAGGAUACUCGGGCUGGCCUCGAUCGGCCCGACGGAUCUGGUUCUGUCCAAGUACCUCGUCCUCUAGGCAAGAACGGAACGGAACGGAACAGAACAGAACGGAACGGAACAGAACAGCGCCGGUGUCGAUUGGAUUGGAUUGCAAAACGAAACCGCGACCCAUGCCGUGAUAGCAAUCGUCUCUGUGGCACCGCACCGCACCGAAGUCUUCCAAUACUACUAGAUACUUGUACUAACAAAUAAUACUACAUUUUAUAC